AUGCUUACAUUCCCACGUAAAGUAUACGCUAUUCUUCUUGAGCAAGACUCGGCUCUAGGAUUAUAUAAUUCUAACGACUCGUUGGGUGGUGUCACUUUCGUAUUUCCACACCUAUUAGUUAAUACACCGAACUUUUUUAUUCCACGUUUUUCACAAUCUGUUGUGGGGGGAAUCAAGCAAGUAAUGGACGCGUUAAAUAGUGAACGAAAUAAACCGGUACUAUCGAAAUCCACAAAACAGAAUCUACGAAGGAAGGAGCAACGACACAUAAAAAAGGCAAGACAUGAGGGACCCACCAUACCCGAUGCCGACGACAACCAGCACACCGCACCCGAUUCUAAUAAUGGUCAAGAUAACGAAAGAUUGGAUUUAUUCUACGACCCAAAAAAACACAAAACGCAAGCUGAGACUCGCGUACUUAAAAAAGAAGAAAUCCGCGAAUAUAUCCGGUCAUAUUGGGUUUCCGAGGACUUCAAUCCUGAAGAUCUUAAAUCUACCUAUACAUCGCAACCGUCCAUGUUGUUUAGUCCAAGGUCUACAUUUGUCGAAAAACUUUCGGAAGAUAAAUAUCGAAGGCAUAUUACCGAAACAAAUUCGAUAGAUUUAAUCACCAAUGACAAAGAAUUUUCGAUACCUGCUAAAUAUUUAGAGUUAUUGGAGGUUGAUAUUUUUCAUGUUAGAGAUCCUUUAGAUCCACCCUCUUCGGAAUUAUGGGAAAGGUUCGGACAGUGGGCAGGUUUUGAAAAGAUUAAAAAAUUUCGACAUCAUUGCCGGCGCUUGUGGAAAAAAACAAAGCAUGCGUACGAACAGCAUAUAGAAUCCCUAAAAAAUCCUAUGGAGCUUUAUGAUAUCCCAAAUGUGUUCUUACGCCAUACGAAUGACAAACUUUUUAUUGCGGAUGAAACAACUAAGAAGGUCGCGGGUGAUAUCCAUCUAGAUGGUUACAAGUACGUUUCUAAACCUUGGUGUUUUAAAAAUGCGGUUGGUGAAACGAUGAUAGAUUUCUUCAACCUCGACCUCGACAACUACCUGAUCAUAAGGACUGCACGAGUGAUAGACCAGUAUUAUAAACAUAACCUUAGUGAACCUUCUCAUCGAUCUAACCAAUUUAUCAAAGAUUUAAUAGAACAUUUCGGUUGUUUUACUGAUAAUAACAAUCUACCCUAUGUUGCCUCAAAUACUGCCUCUACACAUUCUCAGGAGCAUCGUAAGUGUGUUCAAGAUUUGAUCCGAGGACUUCAGCCACUUUCCGAUGCAGUGAACGAUUAUCUUAACAACGCAUAUCCGGCAUUAUACAUCAAAAUGAAAAAACUUGAUCUCGGUUCCAAUGUUCCUAAAUCUUUUGGAGCCUUUCCCACAAUUAGUAUUAACUUUAACAGCAUAUGUCAAUUUCAUCGAGAUCUGAAAGACCAUCGUAAUACACUCUGUGUUGUAUGCCCUCUCGGAAUGUUUGAGGGUGGGCAUCUAGCAUUUCCAGAACUAAAGUUGGCAGUUAUGGCGAAGCAAGGACAGGCAAUCGCUUUUCGGUCGCAUCUCUUAAUUCAUGGGAACCUUCCAAUAACGGCUGGGUCAAGGCAUAGCGUUGUCUUCUAUAUACACGACACCGUU